CAGUGUUUUUGCUAUAUGAUAGUCAAUUGAGGAUAGUCCAAUAGAAAAGUGUAACUUACACAGGUUGACGUCAGUCAUGGCGCAUAAAUAAAAUAAGCUUUUUUUUAUCUUUUUUUCUUCUGCUUCUUCUUCUUUUUCUUUAAACAUGAGUUCUUAUUUAUGGAAAAAGAAAGUAACUGAACCAGAAAUUAAGUUGCCUGAAAGAGAUGCUCUUGUAUUAGAGAAAUAUACAGCAAGAAUGAAACGAUUUGAUGAACUUGUCAAGAUUUGUUGUUGUUGGAUAGGCUAUGAUGUUCUUCUAGAAUUUAUUCCUGUGGUGGGCAAAGUAAUUUCUUUGAUUUAUGCAUUAUCCAUGUAUCGAUUAGCUUGUCAGUGUGAAUUACCAAGAACCAUUAAACGACGUAUGCUGUAUCACCUCAGUAUAGAUUUUUUGCUUGGCCUGAUACCAAUCUUGGGUAUCUUGUUAGAUAUGUUGUAUAGAGCACAUAGUAAAAACGCCCGUAUUUUACGUCGAUUCUUGUAUGAGAGAGCAAGACAAGGAACUAUUCAAGCAGAAAAAGCAGCACUACAAACUGCCAAAGAUCAAAAUGUGUCUGAACCCACCAGUGUCUUGAUGGAAAGGGAUCGACAAAAAUCACAAUAAACAGAUUUUAUGCUUGAUGAUUCUGAACCAAUCAUUUCAUUGAACCUUAUAAAGUUGUUCCGUUUAUAAAGUUGUUCUUGUGUCUCCGACAAAUUAGAGUCAGUAACACCUUUUCUCUCUCUCUCUCUCUCUUUUUUUUUUUACUUUUAUUUCUUUAUGACUAUAGCCGAAACUUCAUCUAUUGCUCCCAAGAAGAG